UUCGCUUGAUAAAGCUGAACCUUCCUUCACAAACUUACACAAUUGUGUUUCUUAAGCCAACCAAGAACAAAAAACCCCAUGGGGAACUGCUUAGUUCUUGAAGAAAAGGUGAUCAAGAUUGUCAAGACAGAUGGCAAAAUCCUCGAGUACAAGUCCCCGUUGAGGGCUCGCCAAGUCCUCUCCGAGUUCGCUGCAGGCCACGCGAUCUCGCAGACGUUUCCGGCCAUGGCGGUCCUUGAGCCGGACUCAAGGCUGUUCUGUGGACGCAUGUACUACAUCUUUCCUCUCGAUCCGUCCACGACAUCGAAAUUCGCUAAAACCGAGAACAAGAAGAAGGUUAGGUUUGCUGAUGAUGAUCGCAAGGCGGUGGAAGAAGGCGAAGAGAUAACUAAGGGUGGUGGGUCAUCAUCGGUUGUGAGGAUAAAGGUGGUGAUCAGUAAGAGAGAGUUGGCGGAGCUGCUUGCGAGAGGCGGAGUUUCUGUCAAGGAUGAGAUGAUUAGUUCUCAGUUGUUUCAGAGUGAAGAAAGAAGCACAAGUUUGGGAGGUGAUGAUGAAGGUGACGAUCUUUCAAGAAGUUGGAAGCCUUCAUUGGAGAGUAUACGUGAAGUCAACUAGCAAAACACAGCAUUCUCUCUCUCUCUCUCUCUCUCUCUCUCUCAAAGACACGCACUCACAACACAUGCCAGUGAGUUUUGUUAGAUGGGGAAAUUAUUGCAAAGACUUGUUGUGAUUCUGAAUUAUCUCUCAAGUAGCAUAAGCUCCCAGCUUGUUGAGGCCCAGAAAAGAAGAAGAAAAAGAGAACUCGGCUGCUAAAUGUACGAAACAAGUCUAUGUAAUAACUUUUCUUCUGUGAUUUACAAGAGAAUGAGAAACAGUAUCAAUGAAAGCCAACAGCAAAUAUAUGUGCACUCAUGAA